AUGAUGGCCGGCCCAUCCAGUUUUGCAGAAUCUGAGUUCUCUGAAGUGGAACAAGAGAUUGACCCAUUGGUUCAGCCUAAGGAUGUCAUAGUUGGAGCCAGCACCAAGAAGCUGGUCCCAGACAGUGAGAGUUCGGGCAGCAGCCCCAGCAAGGCUGAAAAUAGCAAGUCCCGGAGGAGGAGCCGGUUGGGUCGCUCCAAGACGAGGCGGGUGGCAGCCAAUGUCCGUGAGAGGAAACGCAUCCUAGACUACAACCAGGCCUUCAAUGCCCUGCGCCUGGCCCUCAGGCAUGACCUUGGAGGGAAGCGCUUGUCCAAGAUCGCCACACUCCAGCGUGCUAUCAAGCGAAUCUCCUCACUGUCUGCCUUCCUGCAGGCCAACCCUGCUGCGGCCACUCAGCCUUGCAGCCACCGCGAGUGCAAUCAAGAGGCAGGCGUGAAGGGAUGGGAGGGAAAGGAAGAAGCUUUUCAGGUCGUUCCAGAGAGCUACCUGCCCCAGCAGCAUCCAUCACCAUACCUGACUCAAAUCCAUGGACAUGUGUGCUCGCUGUCCUCUCAACAACAACAUUACAUGGAUGCAAAAAGACUGGUCACCUUUUCCCCACCCUCACCUAACUAUCCCCCUUACUCCCCUGAGACACAGUUCAACCUGCCCCAGAAUCACUACAGGAACCCCCAGGAGGAGCUGCACAGCCCCCCAUUCUACAGUGGCAGAUGCAGUGCCAGCCCUGGCCACCAUUUUGGGUCUUGUACAUCUUCUGAUGAGACCCAUAUGGACACCUUUGUAAACAGCUGUGUCACAAUGCCCCUGUCCUGGCAGAUUAAUCACCACCUCUGGACGAGACACAAGCAGUCUCUAACCAUGCACUGA